ACAUUGUCCAAAUCCAUUGUGUCUCACCUACCUAAGCAUGGGCACACAGGUGCUAGAACAGGACUGAAGGGUCACCUGGACUUUCAUUAACUUUUUGGGGAGAUCAAGCAGGUGAACAUUGACACACCACCACUAACAAAUCCAGGAGAUACUAAUUAAGAUACAACGUUCAGUAUUUUGUGGCUUUUAUUUCUCCCCACAGAUUUUGUUCACUAAACCAUUUUGGUCUGAUUAUUCCUUAUUGGCUUUUGGAUUACACACCCAUCUUUCUCCUACAAGAAUCCUCUAACCAUCUCUCCUUUGAAAAACAAUCAUCGAAUCAGUCAACUUCAUUUAAAACUGAAUUCUACCUGUUGCACUUCAAGUUUUUCCAGACUUACUCUUCUUCACCUUUGACCUUACCCACCCUUUCCAGGUCGCCUCUCAGAUCAUUCCAGUAGUCAGUCGCUGCACUCUCCUCCUUCCCCACAGAUCCCACUCAUCAUCCCUUCAUCACCACAUUCCUAAUUUCUCCCAGUAACCCUCGGAGCCUCUGUGGGCUCCCACCACCAUGGUGCUGAUGAAGAUGAAGUUCCCUUUUGAGAAGAGGGUGAAGCUGGCCCAGGGGCUGUGGCUGCUCUCCUGGAUGGCCACACUGGCCGGAGCUUUCACCUUCACCCUGGGCUGCUUCCUCAAGACCGAACUCCGCAGGAGGGCAGAGGUAAUGGACAACACAGAGAUCCAUGCUGUGCCCAACACCCUGAUGAUAGUGGGUCUGGCCUCUCUGGGUAUCAACUACUUCGCAGGCCGUAUGUGCCAGGAUGCGCUGGACGCCGGACGCUUUCCCCGCUGGAAAACCUUCAUGCAACCCUACUGGGGUGUUUCCCUCCUCUUCACCCUGCUCAUGUUGAUGGCUGUGAUCAUGAGCUAUACCAUGAAGGGGAACCUGGAGUCCUCCCUGAAGAUCGGCCUGAAGAACGGCAUCCGCUUCUACAAGGACACAGAUACCCCCGGCCGCUGCUUCCAGAAGCAGACCAUUGACCGCCUGCAGAUGGAGUUCCGUUGCUGCGGAAACACCGACUUCAAGGACUGGUUCGAGGUCCAGUGGAUCAGCAACCGCUACCUAGACUUUAGCUCUAAGGAAGUGAAGGACCGUGUUAAGAGCAAUGUGGAUGGGCGUUACCUGUUUGAUGGGGUCCCUUUCAGCUGCUGCAACCCCAGUUCCCCAAGACCCUGCAUCCAGGACCGCCUCACCAACAACUCAGCCCACUACAGCUAUGAGCACCAGACCGAGGAGCUCAACAUCUACAUCCGCGGCUGCAGGGAAGCUCUAGUCAACUACUACAUGGGCCUGAUGAACACUAUUGGUGCUGGGGUCCUGUCUGUCUUCCUGCUGCAGUCAUCUGUGCUGGUAAGUCUGCGGUACCUGCAGACAACCAUGGAAGCGUUGGCAGGGCAGGAGAACACUGAGAUUGAGACUGAGGGCUACCUGCUGGAGAAAGGGGUGAAGGAGACGAUCAUGGAGUAUGUGACUCCUGUGCUGGUUUUCCUUCAGCUGAACGAGGUGGGCAGUGAAGACACUGAAGCUUAGGCGACCCCCGCCAGAUAAAGUGGAGAAAUCAAAAUGUUUCAGACAGGGUGGUGUAGGGGACAAAUGUGGCAUUUUAUUGGGUGAUAAAUAAUCUAACUAGACACUGAUCAAUUAAUCUGGUAUUUCUUUGACAUCACAAUCCAUUUUAAUGCUGAUAUAUUUCUGUGUUUAAUGUUUUACCCCUAAAUGCAGUGUUUCCCAAACUCGGUCCUGGGGACCCCAAGGGGUGCACGUUUAGAUUUUUGCCCUAGCACUACACAGCUGAUUCAAAUAAUGAACUCAUUAUCAAGCGUUGAUUAUUUGAAUUAGCUGUGGAGUGCUAGGGCAAAGAGUUCUGCCUAAACGAGUGACAUGAAUGUUGUAAUCUAUUUCAGUCACCUGAGGGCUAAUAUAUUUUUGUAUCAGUUGUCCGGGGACAAUGCACCCCAGUCUUAGGUAUCCAUGGCUGCACUAACACACAAACACACACAAACACACACACACACACAAACAAAAUAGAGGCACACAUUAAUCACAUUAACCUCACCCUAAACCCAAGCCCUCCACAAUUCUCCAGGUUUUUGAUGUUUAAUCAAUUACAUAUACUCCCCAAAGGAGAAAUAAAAAACACAUUAUUGUAAUUUUGUAUUUUAUAACUCGGGGUUGCUAUGCAUGGUUAUUUCCACCUCACCAAUGCAGUGUUCUCUCAGUUAAUACCACAACAAUAUUAUGGUUGACACUUAACAAUGCAAAGAUAUCUCCAAUUACUAAGGGAUAGAAUUAUAUGAACAUUUCACAUUUUGGGGAAUAUUUUAAAAAGCACAUGUUACAUUUUGCGUAAAAGACUAACAGCAAUGUAAAGCUGACUGUAGAAAGAUUCAAUGCUCUGCUAUGUAACCCUCAGCAAUAUGACAAACACAGCACUUUAUUACAGAGCUAUUAUGACAGAGAAUUAUUAAAGGUUCAAGUUUUUAAUUGA